AUGCCCGUGGAGAGAUUUCACGGUCAUAUGGUGCUCCUCGUGAUGACUAAAGCUCUUGAACAACUACUUUAUAUUCACGGUUGUCGACAUGUUGACAUUGUAGUGCUCGCCCUCCUUGUCGCCGUGGCCUUUGCCGACAGGCUGUAUCAGGCCCCAGCUCGGGAUGACUCCGACGAGAUCGCCAUCUUGAGGGACGACCGCGUGAUCGAGGAUGAACGGAAGGUACAACUUCGACAAUGGAAACUGCUAACGGAAUCGUCAUGUCGGAGUCUGGCUCUCCUGGAGAAGAUGGAGCCAUUAAUAGUGCUGGAUCCUUUUCGUAAGUACACCGCUCCUGACGGCACCGAUAUCCACCUCAAAUAUAUAGCUGACGAAAACGGCUUCCAGCCCCAGGGCGACCACCUACCAGUGGCUCCCGAGUUCCCCCAUCCAAUCCCCGACUUCGUGCUCAGGCAGAUCGAAUUCGCCAAAGAGGAAGAUGCCCGUAAUGCCCGUGGAGAGAUUUCACGGUCAUAUGGUGCUCCUCGUGAUGACUAA